GCGCGCGUCGGGCCGGACUGGCGGGCGGCCGCCUCGCAGGUGCACCUCGGGCUUUGUAGGUGCGAGCGUCUUUGUGCUGCGGACAAAUGGGGAGAGGACGAGGAGGUGGGCACUCGAGCGACGUAAGAUCCACAUCAGCUCAACUGCACUCGCCUUGCAGAGGCCGCCCGCUCAGUUCCCGCCGAGGCGCUCCCCGGCGCCGCGCUCCGCGGCAGCCGCCUGCCCCCGGUGCUGCCCCCGCCCGCCGCGCCGCCACCGCCGCCGCCACCGCGCACGCCGCGCCCCGCAGCGCCGGGCUCCCUCCUCCCAGGGGUGGCGUUGGGCCGGCGCCGGCGCUCGGGUGACUGCAGCUCCUCGGCUCCCCUCCCCCGCGCGCCGCGCGGCCGCCCGUCGCCUCGCACUGGGCUGGAUGGUUGCAACGGGUAGGGUGGCUCCAGGAUGUUAGGGACUGUGAAGAUGGAAGGGCAUGAGAGCAGCGACUGGAACAGCUACUACGCGGACACGCAGGAGGCCUACUCCUCCGUCCCGGUCAGCAACAUGAACUCGGGCCUGGGCGCCAUGAACUCCAUGAACACCUACAUGACCAUGAACACCAUGACCACCAGCGGCAACAUGACGCCGGCUUCCUUCAACAUGUCCUACGCCAACCCGGGCUUGGGCGCCGCCGGCCUGAGUCCCGGCGCCGUGGCCGGCAUGCCUGCGGGCUCGGCGGGCGCUAUGAACAGCAUGACCGCGGCGGGCGUGACGGCCAUGGGGACGGCGUUGAGCCCCGGCGGCAUGGGUGCCAUGGGCGCGCAGCCCGCCGCCUCCAUGAACGGCCUGGGCCCCUACGCGGCCGCCAUGAACCCGUGCAUGAGCCCCAUGGCGUACGCCCCGUCCAACCUGGGGCGCAGCCGCGCGGGGGGCGGCGGCGACGCCAAGACGUUCAAGCGCAGCUACCCGCACGCCAAGCCGCCCUACUCGUACAUCUCGCUCAUCACCAUGGCCAUCCAGCAGGCGCCCAGCAAGAUGCUCACGCUGAGCGAGAUCUACCAGUGGAUCAUGGACCUCUUUCCCUACUACAGGCAGAACCAGCAGCGCUGGCAGAACUCCAUCCGCCACUCGCUCUCCUUCAACGACUGCUUCGUCAAGGUGGCGCGCUCCCCGGACAAGCCGGGCAAGGGCUCCUACUGGACGCUGCACCCCGACUCCGGCAACAUGUUUGAGAACGGCUGCUACUUGCGCCGCCAGAAGCGCUUCAAGUGCGAGAAGCAGCCCGGGGCCGGCGGCGGCGGCCCCAAGGGCGGCCCUGAGAGCCGCAAGGACCCCUCGAGUGCGGCUCACCCGGGCGCCGACUCGCCCCUUCAUCGGGGAGUGCACGGGAAGGCCGGCCAGCUAGAGGGCGCGCCCGCCCCCGGGCCCGCCGCCAGCCCCCAGACUCUGGACCACAGCGGGGCUGCGGCGGCGACAGGGGGCGCCUCGGAGUUGAAGACUCCAGCCUCCUCGUCCGCGCCCCCGAUCAGCUCCGGGCCCGGGACGCUGGCCUCGGUGCCCCCCUCCCACCCGGCGCACGGCCUGGCCCCCCACGAGUCCCAGCUGCACCUGAAAGGGGAUCCCCAUUACUCCUUCAACCACCCUUUCUCCAUCAAUAACCUCAUGUCGUCCUCGGAGCAGCAACACAAGCUGGACUUCAAGGCCUACGAGCAGGCCCUGCAGUACUCACCCUACGGCGCCGCGCUGCCGGCCAGCCUGCCGCUGGGCAGCGCCUCGGUGGCCACCAGGAGCCCCAUCGAGCCCUCCGCCCUGGAGCCAGCCUAUUACCAAGGUGUGUAUUCCAGACCCGUCCUAAACACUUCCUAGCUCUCGGGACUUGGGGUUUGUCUGGCGAGACCAAGCUGGUAGCAGGAGAGGAAGGAAAAAAAGAAAAGAAAAGAAAGAAAGAAAGAAAGAAAAAAAAACAGCGAACAGAACCACACACACCAAACUGCAAACAGCUUAAUAAAAUCCCAACAAAUACUUUCAUGUUGUUUCUCGUGCACAGUCGUUCCCCCAGUGCAAAGGACUGUUACUUUAUUAUUGUAUUCAAAGCUCGUUGUGUAGAUUAUGACAAAACCAACCAACCCCCAAAGCAACCAUUUUUCCCCUGCGAAGCUGAAUGAUCCACGAGUGUGUAUAUAUAUAAAUAUAUAUCAUUCUCCUCCUUCUUGGACUUCUUCCCUUCCUCCCACCUUCCCCUCCAGACAGAUUUUAGUCUGGACAGGGCUUAUUUAAAGGGGAAAAAAAAUAAGAAAAAAUGGUCAAGUUUGUAAAAUAUUUGUGUUAUCCCCCCUUCCUACCUGACUUCCUUCCAUACACACACGAGUUUACAGGUCUGUGGCAAUACUCUUAAACCGUAAGAAUUGAAGCAAAGCAAAAAGCAAGUAGACGCCAGGGACUGUUGAAAGAAUGGACAGACAACAGUGCUGCUACACAGCAAGAGAGAAACAUUGCAAACACCAGAGCCAUUUUUUUUUUCAGCUUAACAUUUCUGGUCCCUCCGGAUAGCAGGUGUCUUUAAAGGAAAGGCAC